UCCCAAGUCCAGCCAGGCCUUGUGGCCCCAGCCUACCCUCCCCAGCCUGGUGGCUAUGGCAUACCACCUCAGACCAAUGUACCCCCUCCAGGAGCCAACUAUUCUCAUCCUCCCCCACCUCCUUCUGCCCAGUACGGCUACCCCCAGCCCUCCUCCAGUGGCACUGUCGACCUGAGCGCCAUCAAGCCAGUCACCUCUGGCACCGUCAGCCUUCAAGAUGCUAUUGCCAAGGCGAAGGCUGUCGCAGCCGCCAACAAUCUGGCUCCCUACGAGCGCGCUCCUAGUUAUGGAGGAAAUGAGAGCCAUUCUGGCGGUGAUGGGCAUCAGUGGCGCCGAUCCCGAUCUCGAUCCCCCCGCCGUGACAGCUACCGCGAUGCCAACCCCUACCGAGACGACCGCCGAGACGACCGCCCUCCUCGCGAUUACGGCCACCAUGCCCGCGACCGCUCCUACUCCCCUGGACCCCGUGGCCGCCAGGGCGGCGGUGCCUUUUCUCCUCGCGGUGGUAAUCCUCUGCGACAACGGUCUCCUCUCCGUGGCGAUGAGGAUAAUGCCGCCGAGACCAUGGAAAUCGAAGCGAGCCUGGUUGGUCUCAUCAUCGGCCGUCAGGGUGAGAACCUAAGGCGCGUUGAGGGCGAGACCAAGUGUCGCGUCCAGUUCCUUCCGCCGAACACCAACGACGAAAAGUUCCGCCAGUGCAAGAUCACUGGUCCCCGCGCCCGUCGAGCCGAAGCCCGCGCGGCCAUCAAUCGCAUCAUCGAGGACAGCGGCAUGGGCGCCAUCGCUCGCGCCGGCCUAGACCGUGGCGGGCCCCGGCCAGCUCCACCCCCAGAGCGUGGUGGCGUCGCAAACCUGAAGGAGGGCGAGGACUGCCUGCAGAUCAUGGUCCCUGAUAGAACCGUUGGCCUGAUCAUCGGCCGAGGAGGUGAGACGAUCAGGGACCUGCAGGAGCGGAGUGGCUGCCACGUCAACAUUGUCGGCGAGUCUAAGAGCGUCAAUGGCCUGCGCCCCGUCAACCUGAUUGGUCCCUAUGCCGCUGCUGCCCAGGCUAAGGAGAUGAUCAUGGAGAUUGUCGACUCCGACAGCAGAGCGAACGGCAAUGCAGCCCCGCAGGGCGGCCGCAGCAGCCACCGAGACAACAAUGGGCCGGAGAAGAGCCAAGAUGCCAUAUACGUCCCCAAUGAGGCGGUCGGCAUGAUCAUAGGCAAGGGCGGAGAGACGAUUCGGGAGAUGCAGAACAGCACUGGCUGCAAGAUCAAUGUGUCCCAGCAGCCCCAGCCCGGUGCGAGCGACAGAGAGAUUGAGCUUGUUGGCUCCCGAGAUGCCAUUAACCGAGCGAAACAGGCUAUUGAAGACAAAGUCGAAGCAGUGAAGCAGAAAAGCGCUGGCGGCCCUGGCGCCGGCGCCGGUGGACGCGGUCGUGGUCACCAUCGUGAUUAUGACAAUCCCGGCUACGGCCAAUCUUCUAACAACCAGCACCCAGGGAACCAAGGCGCCCCUCCACCCCAAGCCCCCGCAGGCGGUGACGGACAGCUUGAUCCUUAUGCCAUCUACGGUGGUUAUCAGAACUACAUUGCCCUGUGGUACCAGUCUUUCGCCCAAAACGCUGCCAAUGCCGGAGGUCAGGGUGAUGCUACCAAGCCUCCAGGCACAUCGUAG